UAGGAAAAAGAGUGUGAGGGAGAGAGGGAGAGAAAGAAAGAGAGAGAGCAAUCGAGUGAGAAGGAGAGAGAUGAAUUGUAAUUGUAAGUGGUAGUGGGCUACAGUAGCUCUCCCCUUAUCUGGGGCUGUCUGCCCUAUUGUGAGAACCCGCCCAAGCCGCCCAUCCUAGGAAACGAGAGCUUCCUGUUGUUUUAUAGAGCUUUCCUGCAGAAAGGUUGAGAUAUGUAAUCUGGGUCCACCAGGGAAGAGAAACAGAGCAGUGUCAGGCAGAAAUGAAAGCCCUUAAUCCGUCUCCCGUGUCUUCUUCUUCUGCUUGCUGCUUUCUGCCUCUUCUUCUCUGGGCACUGAGCUCUACAGCAGCUGGUCUGAUAGGACAUUACGAGGCGCCACAAGCUACCACACCAGGUUUCACUUCACGGCAUGACUCAACAAGAACUGCAAACGACCAAUACCAUGACGUUAGCCUCGAAGAUAGAGGUUUCUCCAGUGGAUUAGGUUGUGGGAAUAAGUAUGUUAACUGUGAACAAUACUGUGAAGUUUGUGAGUAUUUUCCCCCAAGGACGGAGUGCUACGUGACCUUAUUUAAGGAAACCUGCUACAGGAAUUUUGUAGGUGCCAUGGAGUCAUUAAACAACACAGACUGGUGCAACUGGAACAAUGUGAAGAGGAUGUAUAACGCCUUCACCAUGUGCACAGAGGAGAUAGCAGAAUGUCUGCUGAUCCCCUGGCCCAACAGGAUGGUGGAGAAUGUGUUUGUAAACAUCCACUCCAGGUUCUUCUGGGACUGCCCCAACGAGGCACUGAGCGACCCCCCGCCCAGCAUCGUGUUUGCCUUGGUAAUGACCCCCAUCUGCCUCAUCCCCAUCAUGGUGGUCCUGGUGGUGCUCAAGACCAAGAACGGAGAUGGCAGCUCCUGAUAGGACGUCCUGGAUCAGUCCUCAUCCACCCUGCCUCACCUCCAUGUUCAGACUCACUCUCUCCAUCCCCCGAGGAUUCAAGACUGGGGCCAUUGACACAACUAUUUUACAGAGAACUGCUUAUCGUCUUCCACCCACUGAUGGCUUAGCUCUGUGGAGUCCUAUCAAAACAAUCUCAAAGCCCAAACACUUUACACGUGACCUUUUUGGAUGCACCGAUACAGAAUGAGUAGUACCACAUCGGCAUCGGCAUCGUCCAAGGACACAGGGGUUCAAGAAAUGGUCCGUCGGUGUUGUGUAGAGUGUCAGGUCAACAUCCUCUGGGUUGCUUCUUGAAAACUCAUCUUCUCCACAUUCCUUGAUGCUCCUCUAACGAAAAGUGGCGACAGCCAUGUAAACGUUUCCACUCCCUACACGCCCUAGGAAAGUAUUUAAGAUAGUAGGGUUUAUGGACUUAUGUCAUUCUUGACAAUCCAUUCCAUUCCAUGACCAUCUCCAUCCUGUCCCAGAUGUGAACCUUGACAGUGACUAUGCUAAAAUGGUUACAUGUUUUAUAAUAUUUUAAUUGUUUAUAUAUAUACAAGAAUAUCCUGACUUUGCCAUUCUUCAAUCACACACACAUAUACAUAUACACAGUGGGGCAAAAAAGUAUUUAGUCAGCCACCAAUUGUGCAAGUUCUCCCACUUGAAAAGAUGAGAGAUGCCUGUAAUUUUCAUCAUAGGUACACUUCAACUAUUACAGACAAAAUGAGGAGAAAAAAAUUCCAGAAAAUCACACUGUAGGAUUUUUAAUGAAUUUAUUUGCAAAUUAUGGUGGAAAAUAAGUAUUUGGUCACCUACAAACAAGCAAGAUUUCUGGCUCUCACAGACCUGUCACUUCUUCUUUCAGAGGCUCCUCUGUCCUCCACUUGUUACCUGUAUUAAUGGCACCUGUUUGAACUUGUUAUCAGUAUAAAAGAAACCUGUCCACAACCUCAAACAGUCACACUCCAAACUCCACUAUGGCCAAGACCAAAGAGCUGUCAAAGGACACCAGAAACAAAAUUGUAGACCUGCACCAGGCUGGGAAGACUGAAUCUGCAAUAAGUAAGCAGCUUGGUUUGAAGAAAUCAACUGUGGGAGCAAUUAUUAGGAAAUGGAAGACAUACAAGACCACUGAUAAUCUCCCUCGAUCUGGGGCUCCACGCAAGAUCUCAACCCGUGGGGUCAAAAUGUGCACAAGAACGGUGAGCAAAAAUCCCAGAACCGCACGGGGGGACCUAGUGAAUGGCCUGCAGAGAGCUGGGACCAAAGUAACAAAGCCUACCAUCAGUAACACACUACGCCGCCAGGGACUCAAAUCCUGCAGUGCCAGAUGUGUCCCCCUGCUUAAGCCAGUACAUGUCCAGGCCCGUCUGAAGUUUGCUAGAGAGCAUUUGGAUGAUCCAGAAGAAGAUUGGGAGAAUGUCAUAUGGUCAGAUGAAACCAAACUAGAACUUUUUGGUAAAAACUCAACUCGUCGUGUUUGGAGGACAAAGAAUGCUGAGUUGCAUCCAAAGAACACCAUACCUACUGUGAAGCAUGGGGGUGGAAACAUCAUGCUUUGGGGCUGUUUUUCUGCAAAGGGACCAGGACGACUGAUCCGUGUAAAGGAAAGAAUGAAUGGGGCCAUGUAUCGUGAGAUUUUGAGUGAAAACCUCCUUCCAUCAGCAAGGGCAUUGAAGAUGAAACGUGGCUGGGUCUUUCAGCAUGACAAUGAUCCCAAACACACCGCCCGGGCAACGAAGGAGUGGCUUCGUAAGAAGCAUUUCAAGGUCCUGGAGUGGCCUAGCCAGUCUCCAGAUCUCAACCCCAUAGAAAAUCUUUGGAGGGAGUUGAAUGUCCGUGUUGCCCAGCAACAGCCCCAAAACAUCACUGCUCUAGAGGAGAUCUGCAUGGAGGAAUGGGCCAAAAUACUUAUUAAUACCAAAUACUUAUUUUCCACCAUAAUUUGCAAAUAAAUUCAUAAAAAAUCCUACAAUGUGAUUUUCUGGAUUUUUUCUCCUAAUUAUGUCUGUCAUAGUUGAAGUGUACCUAUGAUGAAAAUUACAGGCCAUAUUUUUAAGUGGGAGAACUUGCACAAUUGGUGGCUGACUAAAUACUUUUUUGCCCCACUGUAUAUAUGUAUAUGUGUGUGUGAUUGAAGAAUGGCAAAAGUCAGGAUAUUCUUCAGCAUUUGUGAAAUGAUUGUGGUUAGGGGAGGAUGACAGAAGCUGUAAAGCUGGUUAAGAUGACGGAAAAGCGAUUUUGUUAGUAGGAUUUCCUACCCUCUGGCUGGGAAAACGUGAGUCUCGCAUUGCUGGACAUUCCAAUUGAGUGGAUAACCAAUGACAAAGGCUUUCAGUUUGAGGAAUUCCCACUCUCCAUUUACUGUACACUCAGAAAAACAGAUGCUAACUAGAACCUAAAAGAGUUCUUUUGGCUGUCCUCGUAGAACCCAUUGAGGAAUCCUUUUUGGUUCCAGGUAGAAACCUUUCCAGAGGGCUCUACAUGGAACCCAAAAAGGGCUCUCCUAUGGGGACAGCCGAAGAACCCUUUUGGAACCCUUUUUUCUAAGAGUGUCGUUAUCCGUAUAGGAACUCCAUUAUGUUUAUUUCUAUAUGUAACUAAAGAAAAAAAUGUGAUGUACCCUCUCACCUGGUAGCUUCCCUGUCCUUGAAUGGGUUUUGUGUAUAUUAGAAUUGUAUGAUGCUUCGGGAGAGUCCUCUUUUCCCCCCGAGUGUAGGGUUUAGAAUGUAUGCAGUAUGGGGCCAUGAUGAAGGGUUUUGACCAAGUAUUAGUCUGUGAGGAAGUUUGGGGUCAGGAACUAGGCACAAUGUGUGAGUAGCCUACGCGCAACAUGUAGUCUAUGAGAUCUGUUUCCAGGAAUCGUCUAUUUCCCAGCAUUAAGGGCCCAGCGCCUCAACCUCUCUCUCUCUCUCUCUCUCUCUCUCCCCCUCUUGAAAAUGACGGUCCCCACUGUCACCCAUGAUGAGCCAGGCGACGCUUGCCCGAGAGAUGAAUCAAGCACUAGAUCAAAAGACUACUAAUGUUUGGUCUUCCCCCCCCCGGCUCAGUGUAGCAAUGAGCACUGACUGAAGACAGAAGGAAAAACAAAUGUCUAUCUUUCCCCUUUUAUUAUGCUGUCGUGAAUGACACUGAAAGCACUGAAUUGCAUUCCGUUUCAGAAACAAAGAAAUAUGUCGGCUUAUGUAUUGUAUUUCUGCUCUUACUCUGGUCAUAAGACGUACUGGACUUUGUACUGUCUGUGAGAGGGGUGUGGGUCUUAGUCAAAGCAUAGCCUCUUCCCUCACACAAUGUACUGUAUAUAAUUAUAUUUUGCAAUUAAAUAUGUUAAAGCCAAA